ACAUCGGUGGUGCGGCGCUUCCUGGUGGAGUACGGCAGCGGCACGCCGAGCCGCCUCAAGGUGCUGGACGCCUACCUUCUCUACGUGCUGCUCACCGGGGCGCUCCAGUUCGGCUACUGCCUGGGCGUCGGCACCUUCCCUUUCAACUCCUUCCUCAGCGGCUUCAUCUCCGCCGUCGGCAGCUUCAUCCUCGGCGUUUGCCUCAGGAUCCAAAUCAACCCCCAGAACAAAGGCGAGUUCCAAGGCAUCUCACCGGAGCGGGCAUUUGCUGAUUUCCUUUUUGCCAACACCAUCCUCCAUCUUGUCGUCAUCAAUUUUGUUGGCUGAGCUUUAGAAGAGACUGUGAGAUCUUGAAUUGCUCUCGAGCUCUGAUGCCAAAGCCUGACAUUGGGAAGUGCUCUCCCCCAGCAGACUCUUACUUACUUCCUUGGUGGAGGAAGGGAAUGCAGGACUCAAGAUUUUUCCCCACAGACAGUCCUAUGGAGGGGUCUGCUGCCUCAUUAUGGUUACUGUAAUCCUUUCCAUCAAUAAAAUCCUUUAUAAUACUGCA